GUUACUGCUGCUGACCUGGAUCCGGAACUGCGGCCCUCACGGCACCCACGGGGCACUAUGUCCAAUGACCUGACAAUUCCGCGCAGCAACUCCUGCCCGGAGCUGAGCCAGUACCAGGACCAGCAGUUUCGUGGCGACAACGAAGAGCAUGAAAAAUUACUGAUGGAAAGCUCCACACUGUAUGUGGAGAAUCUUUCCAUUUAUACAACUGAAGAGCAAAUAUUUGAGCUCUUUAGUAGGUGUGGUGAUGUCAGGAAUGUCUUUAUGGGCCUGGAUAAUAUAAAGAAAACAGCAUGUGGUUUCUGUUUUGUAGAAUACCAUCUCAGAGCCGAUGCCGAAAAUGCCAUGCGAUUCCUAAAUGGGACCCUCCUAGAUGACCGUAUUAUCCACACAAAAUGGGAUAUAGGUUUUAAAGAGGGCAGACAGUAUGCCCAUGGCAGGUGUGGGGGCCAGGUAAGAGAUGAAUUUCGUGAAGACGCCAAUGUUGGUAGAGGAGGCUUUGGAAGUCAGGCUUAGACCCGUGGUAGGAGAAAAAUCCACCAGAGAAAAACCUCGCAGCUCCAACCCCUCAAAAAUUCUAUUAAAGAAAAACAACACGUCAGCAAAUAGCCCAUUUUACAACAAAUUUAAAUCACUUUAUUGGCUGGGUGGAAACCCUUUUGAUGUAUUUGUCUCUCAGAAACAUUAUU